AUGUCCUCUUCUCCAACUUUCCAACCACAAAAGUAUCCCAGAACUCCGCAUCUUCCAUUCAGUCCUGAGCAUUCCGAUGAUGAUGUCAUUCUCUCGGAUCAACAUUGCACUCAAUUCAUUGCACCUACUGAAGUUGUCAUUACUGAAAAGAUGGAUGGAGGAAAUUGUCAAUUAUUUCAAGGAAAAAUCUAUGCUAGGACUACCUCUAAAGAAGCUUCUCAUCCAAGUUUUGGACCUAUCAAGCAAUUAUAUUCUCAAUUUAAAUAUUUAAUUCCAGAUCACUUGAUACUGUAUGGAGAAAAUUUGUAUGGAAUUCACUCCAUUGAAUAUACCAAUUUAAAGUCUUUCUUUUAUUUAUUUGCCAUUUUGGAUUUGAAUGAAAGUCGGUGGUAUGGAUGGGAUGAAAUGGUAAAUUUUGUUCAGGAAAAUGAUCUGACGAACUAUAUUCAAAUAGUACCAGUUCUUUUUAGAGGUACAUUUCGUUCCUUGUCAGAAAUCAAGCAAUGGAUGGAUGAGCAAAUUAAAAACAAGUCCAACAGCAUAGCCGGUGGAAGAGAAGGUCUUGAAGGUUUUGUUCUCAAAACCACACAACCAUUUUCAACUAAAGACUUUGAAAGAAAUGUUGCCAAGUAUGUGAGAAAAGGACACAUUCAAACUGAUGAAAAUUGGGGGAAAACAUGGCGCCAAGCCAAGCUCAAUAAAUGA